GUAGAAACUGCGGCAUUCAGAAGAGGUUCUGUAGAGACUAUAGCAUCUUAGGUGAUCAUAUCCAGUCAUCUGUCAGACUUUGAGCCAUGGAGCCGAUCCACUACUCCUCAAAUGACAUGUGGUGGGGGACCCUCGGAACCGUCCGACCCUUCUCCAAUUUCCACCCCAACCGAGACGUGAUGGAGAUCCAUAAUGCCCUGGACCGUAAAGACGUAGGAACGCUGGUGAACAUUCUGACCAACCGAAACAACGCCCAGAGGCAAGUCAUCGCGGCGGAAUACAAGCAGACUACAAACAAGGACCUGAUUGCAUCCCUGAAGAAGGCUUUGUCAGGAGACUUGGAGGACCUGCUGCUGGAUUUAAUGAUGCUGCCGGAGCACUUUGACGCUCAGCGUCUUCAGGACGCCAUGGCGGGUCUGGGAACAGAUGAGGAAGGGCUCAUGGAGAUUUUGAGUACCCGGUCGAGAGAGCAGCUUCAGCACAUCAAUAACGCCUUCCAACAACGAUUUAAGAAAGAUUUGGAGAAGGAGCUGAGAGGAGAAACCAGUGGGGACUUUGCUAAGCUGGUUGUGGCUCUGCUGAAGAAGGCCGACUCUCCCACUCUGGUUCAGAAAGACGUUGAGGCCCUCGCUGCAUCUCUAAGCGGGAAAAAGGCCAACGCCGCUUCAUGGAUCGAGAUCAUGACCUCGAGAAACUCGGCACACCUGAACAAUGUGCUGAUGGAACU